AUGAUCACGGCUGGUUUCACUCUCGCUUCGCCGUGGAUUUCUUCAGCACUGCCCAGCAAUUUCCCCGCAGUUACCCCGACACGCCAAUGCGCCCACCUCGGCCACUUCACUUCACAGCCCCCGCAAUCAUUCAAGUUGCUUCUCGAUUCCAAGUCCCCCGUUGCAACCAUCGACUAUGGCACAGAGGUUGCUGGAUUUCCGUUCUUCGAAAUAAGCAAAAUAGAUGGCCCGGUGCAGAUUGAAGUGAAGUAUAGUGAGCCGUAUCAUGGGCUGCAGCAUCCAUGGGGAGAUGGGCCUUACACUUUCUCAACCAGUCUGUCAAAUGCAUUCCGAGUCGAAACCUUCAAUGUCAUCAAGACUGGAAAGCUACAAUCUCCUUUGAUUCAGGGUGGUCAGCGAUGGCAGUCUAUCCGUUUGAUUGCCGGGAAGAGCGUUUCAUUCACUCGUAUGGGAUUCGUACCCACUGUCAGCGACAUCGACCCCGAGAAAUAUCCAAGCCAAUUUCACAGUGACAACACUGUAUUCAAUGAAAUUUGGAAGCUCGGAGCAAAGGCAGCUGGCCUCGCAUGUCUCGAGAAAGGAACACAGGGUCCCAUUAUGACUACCGAUCCUGCGAAAGGCGCCUUGGUACAAAGUAUGAGGGCUUCACCAAAUUUCGAAACCGGAUCAUUCGAAAACUACACCCUGCAAUUCGAGACAAAAAUCGAAAGAUCUGGCCUGUGGUGGACAGUGCUGCCCAAGGAAAGUACAUUUGCGAAUGUCAACACAACUUUGACCCCGGCGAAUAGCAUUCUUUUGGCAAAAGGAUACGGCUUCGUCAAUCAAACAACCCUGGACACGCUACUACUGGAUACAUUUACCGUGCCAUUUGACGUGCAUGAAAAAGAAUGGUACAACAUAACAACCAUUCUCUCGGAUGGAGAUCGCAUUUCUGUUCAGAUAAACGGCAAGAAGGUUUUUGAUGUGUCGCUUGGUGAUUACUAUACAGGGGGUUCAGUGUCACUUAGUGGUGCCAUUGGUUUUGGCGCUUACCAAGACCAAUCUGCAUGGGUUCGCAAUGCCAGGCUCUAUGACAGCGCGAAUGGUACUCUCUUGUACAGAGACAAUCUACGUGAUGAAGGAGCACCUGCUCGAUAUGGAAACCAGGCAAAUGCGGCGACCGUAUGCUUGGACGGGCCUAAACGUGACCGCAUGGUCUGGCUGGGGGACUUUUACCACACCUCUCGCAUUAUUGGCGCGAGCAGCUCUCGGUUCGACUGGUCACGCGACACUUUGUCUUUCCUUUUAGAUACCCAGGCCCCAAAUGGAGAGGUGAGCUAUGCGGGUACUAUGGGAUACGACCCGUCAACCACCAUUGAUGCAUUCACCGAGGGAGGGAAGUAUCCUGCCUUGGAGGAUUACCAGAUGCUUGGAUUCUUGGGCUUCUACCACACUAUUAAGCAGUCAAAUGAUCUUCAAUACGCCACUAAAACAUGGCCUAAGUGGCAGAAGCAGCUUGAAUGGCUACUCACGACGGUAAAUUCAACUGAUGGGUUGGUUGAUGUGGAUAGCGCCUUUUUGGGUGCCAGCUCAGGUGGCUCGGCUGUGAGCUGCCUUACGGUUGAAACACUCAACGGUGCUGCCGAGGUGGCUGCAGCACUGGGUCACAGUACCGAUGAACUCAAAUAUAAGAAAUCGGCGCAAAGACUGGCUGAUUCCAUCAACAAACACCUUUGGAAUGAAAAUUUGGGCUCAUACUCGACGAGCCGAUCGUCACGCCAGGACUUUGGUGUGUCUGAUAUCGCUUGGUGCAUCAGUUCCGGGGUCGCAAACUCAACGCAAAGGUCGAGGAUGGUGUCUACUAAAGUUCUGGGAGAGCUCAAACUCGGACCGGGCUACAAAGCAGACACCACUGUUACUGCUUCAGAUCCAGUCGUGUCAAUUUCGCCCAACACAAACGGCUUUCUAUUGCCUGCACUGUUCAUGAGUAACGCCUCGACUAUCGCUAAAGAUCUUUUGGUCUCAGUAUGGGGGCCAAUGCUUCACAAAAUUGGCGAAACAGACAUUGGGAACGACACGACAUCCACAGGCGCCAGCUGGGAGUAUCUUGCGCUUGAUAAAUCACCUGGCCUAUCACUCUUCACGAGUCUCGGCCAUCCGUGGGGUGGAGCAGCGACUUAUAUUCUAACCGAGUGGGCUACCGGCCUACGACCAGCCAGUGGACCAGCAGGCUUUGGCUAUAAUAAGUGGCUAUUAGCGCCAGAAACGGGAGUGGAGAUAGGAUUAAAGAAGUCGAGUGCAAAGGUGGUUACGGGAUCAGGAGAAAUUUUGUCGGUUUCAUGGGAGCUUACAAGCACAUCCCUUCGUGUAAAUAUUGAUGCACCUCGGGGUACCACGGGAACUGUCCAGUUUCGUGGAAGUUCGAAGACACUUGUUGGGGGGAAGAGACAGUCGGCUAUACUUCCGAUUUAG